UUGCCUAGAGCAGUUCUUAGUUGAGUUUUCGGUCACAUUUUGUUGAAAAAUACAGUACCAGCAAUGUUGCCUUUCUGUUCCAGUGCCUACCGUGCUUUAUGGGACCUCCUCCAGUCAAGGCCCCUAGAUGCCUACAAUGUGUCGACCCCAAAAGAAAAAGCCAAGAACUCACAGGAGGUGGAGGAAGAAGAAUUCGAGGCGAUUGACCCGGAUAAUCCCUCAGGAGCAGUGGCCCAGCAUCCUAAACAAGAUGUGUCUGGAGAUCUGAGGGAGAAGGAACAGACCCCAAAGAGGCUGAGGCUCAUCCUGGUGGGGAAAACCGGAAGUGGGAAAAGUGCAACAGGAAACAGCAUCCUUGGCCAGGAAGUGUUCCAGUCCAAGCUCAGUGCUACACCAGUGACCAAGACCUUCCAGAGAGGGAGCCGAGACUGGGCCGGGAAGGAACUUGAGGUGAUUGACACCCCCGAUAUUUUGUCCCCUGGAGUUCCACAGGAAUUGGCAGGUAGGGGCUCCUGGGAAGCCAUCGUCUUCUCCUCCCCAGGGCCACAUGCGGUGCUCCUGGUGACAGAGCUGGGCAGGUUCACAAAGGAAGACCAGUUGGUGGUCAGGCGCCUCCAGGAGGUCUUUGGAGUGGGAGUCCUGGCCUACACCAUCCUGGUGUUCACCCGAAAGGAAGACCUGGAUGGUGACUCUCUGGAUGGGUAUGUGAAAGAGACUGACAACCAGGAGCUUGCCAACCUGGCCAAGAUUUGUUCCAUGCGCCACUGUGGCUUCAACAACAGGGCAGAGGGGGCAGAGCAGGAGGCCCAGUUGAAGGAGCUCAUGGAAAAAAUAGACAUGGUCCUGUGGGAAAAUGAAGGCCAUCAUUACAGCAACAAGGCUUACCAGUUCUCCCAGCAAAACCUUCGUCUCACAGAAGUGCAGGAAGGCCAUAUAAUCCAGGGGCAAGGCUCUGAGGAAGGGCCCAGUGGGGAGUCCUUGGUGGAGGAAUUGUGCCGAAUCCAGAAGGCAUCUGAGGAAACUCACAAAUGUCUCCUGAAGAGGGCACCUAUCUGAGCAUAUGCUGGACUCCACUGAGGGACAGCUGUUUCUUAUGAGCUCCUUUCAGCCCUGUAUCCAGUUUCCAGCCAGUCACUUGUCCUCUCCAUCCCACAGGUCACUGACCAUGCCAGUCUCCAGGUGGUAAAAAGGGGUGGGUUCCUGAGUUCUCAGCUACCAUCCAGGUCCUUCAUUGCAUCUUUCAGUGCACGUGGACCCUCCCUCCUCUCUACUCCCUGCCCCCAGCACGCUUUCUCAUAUGGAACCUCACAUUGCAUUGGCAUUGCAUUUCUUGAAGUUCUUAUCUUUACCCUGAUAGAAUGAAAGUUCCUGAGGGUAUAUCAUUCUCAUUCUUCCAUGUAACCCCCACAGCAUCCUGGUCUUUGGAGUCACUCCUUAAAUGAUGAUAGUCAAUCAGUGUGGGGUGUUGGUCUGGUGACUUCACACCUCCUGGACUAUGUCCUUGCCCACAAAGAGGCAGGCAUAGUGACUUUUUAAGUUACCUACGGUGUGUGGUAGGGCCACGACAUUGUAAUGGUUCUGAGACAUGAGAAGAAGGACUGCUGCUUGGCUCGAGGGGGAAAGCAGGUAGAAAGAGAGAAUCAGAAAGGAGGAGCCCUUUUAGUCACCUCUGAAAGAGGCCAUUGGACCACAACAAAGGAGCCUGUGGGAACUGGUAGGAAUGAUGAGCAAAGUGGGGUGGGUUAUCCAAGGAGCCAGGCCUGGUCAGGCAGGUGGCCCUUAGUCCUGGCUAAGGAUCUGGAGACCUCAAGGUGUACCAAGGGGCUUGGGAAGAGGAGGAGCACUUCCCUAAAGCUGACAUAGAUUAGGGAUGUUCUAAUUAGGGUCCCCUCUCAUAUAUCUGCCUUCUGAUUAUGGGGAAAAAAGACGAUUUUCAGCCUUAUCUGCAACCCUUUCCCUUCUCCUUGACAGUGGGGAGAAGGAUGCAUGAAGUCAGUGUAUGGGUGUGUAGUGGGGUUCCCAGUAAGGUAUGUGUGAGUGUUAAAUGGAGGGAGGCAGAGAAGAAAGGGAACCUGCAAAGGUGGCAGGUGAGUGACGUGAAUAUUGUAGGGAGUAGCCUGCCUGGUGAGGGGAGGAGUCUAUGUCAUAUGGGUCGUUGUGGAGGGUUGCAGACAGGGGCCUUGGGAAGCGAGGUGGACCAGUACCAAAAGACAGUGGAUGUUGGUCUGUGCCUGGCCUCUGAAAAGGAGGUGCCAUGUAAUGCUACAAAGAGCCCAGCACAUCUCAGAUGAACCUCAACUUCUCUGUGGAGUCUGACCAAAUGAUGGAAACAGGAUAGGAGGGAAAAGGGAAAUACCUCGCUACAGACCCCUCUUUACUUUUGUCAAGCAAUGUGGCAGAGGGUCUCCAGCUCCCUUCUUCAGGGAGGGGUGGAAAGUGGAGGUGGGGGUGACAGUGCUGGGGGACACUCAGAAAUCGGAGAUGCAGCCUCAAGUCUGUCUAGAUGCUUACCUGCUGGUCAGAGAUCCUCUCCUGUCAGAGGCUCUCUCGGGAGCCUGGUCUCCCAAUCUCGAGGCCAUGACACCCCCUGACCCACAUACUGGGGACGCCUAAGAAAGCCAGAGCAUUUGUUAUGCUGAAAGUUUCAGGAAAUUGUCUCAAGGCAGAACGGAGACUUCUUUUGGUUCAUACCUAAGACAGUCCUGUGUGACCCGUUGAUUACAUUAGCACUCCACUUCCUAUGACCAAAGCGCUAUUAAGUCUUUAUACUCCCAAAGAUCCAUGGCAGGAUUUCCAGUUCUGUUCCUGUCUUCUACUUUCUCUCCUUAUGAAUAAAAUAUUGAUUUGAUUACA